UCGGGGCCGGGGCUGCAGCUCGGACCGCCUCCCGCGACCCGCGGGACCGGCUCGGAGACAGUUUCAGGCCGCAUCUCUGCUGACCGGAGGGUGGGGCCGCGCGUGGCCGUGGAAACGUGAGUGACUGGGGCUGCGUCCACGAGCGGGACCCUCGGCGCAGAAACUUUUCUGGAAGGUGCUGUCCUCGGGCCGGACGGGCCCCGUGGGGUGACCCUGGGGCUCCGGACGGAAGGAAGGCAGGGGCUGAGACCACUUUGAUCGUUCGACGAUAGAAAAAAGUAGCGCGGGGCGGGAUGCAGGGUUCCAGCUGUCCAGACAGCAAAGUUCAUGGAGCCACUUUGUCCUCCUGUCGUUGCUGGGGAGAGCCUGGCUUGCUGCUUGCUUCAUGUUCACCUAGGGUGAUGAACUUUUUGGCUUCAGGAAAGAUCACAGUCCUGCCUGCCCCCGGGAGUACUGGAGCGGCGCAGCUGGGAGCGCCGAGAAGCGCGCGAAUCUGUCGCAAGGGUCACAGCUCCUUGGACUUCGGUGUAAAUGCUGAGCUCUGCCGCGUAGUUCUGAAAGACAAAGCUUGUUUUCACAGACCUACUCUGUAGGAAGUCAAACGUCUUUUGUUUAGUAGGCAUCAGUUGUAUGUUAAUUCAUAAACUUGGAUUAUAAUUAGUUUAUGAAUUUAAAAUGGUGUUUGAGGUUGCUUGAAUUAUUUUUCAAACAUUAUUAUAAAAAUACCCACCCACCCCCUGGGAAGUUCGCUUCAUAAAGAACUUCAGUGCAACCCGUAUGUAAAAUUAAAAUACAUUUAAAAUAAUUGGAGAAACCAAUUUAAAUGUUGCUACAACCCCAUUUAAUCUGUAAAUUGCAUAUGCUGCUGCUUUCCGUGGUAAUGUUGGUGUGGAAUAUGUUUGGAAGAAAGGCAGUAGUGUCUGAAGCUGAGUUGCUGGCAUUGAAGAAGCAGAGUGUCUGGAAGGAUGGCUUCCUAUUUAGCAGUGGUGUUGUUCCUGUUUAUAAAUAUUUGUACUUAGUGGCUUUGUUGAUAAAAUACUUUGCUUGGAGUAUCAAAGAAAUAUUAGGUAACAGAAAUACUUCUUGGUAAUUUUGCGAUGGGAUAUCUGUUUCUCUUGCCCACAAAUUAGGCUUCACCUGGAUGGAAGCUUGCUUGUGAUGUAAAAUAAUCUGUGUUAUUAAAUUUUAAAUUUAUAUGAUACAGUUUUCUGUGAAAUGACAAUAUUGUCUUUAGAACUUUGAUUACUGAUGAAAAGAAGUGAUACCAUUUUGUAACCCUAAAUCCAUUUAAAAAUAAAUGGUACACAUAUUUUAACAUUAUGAUAAAUAAGUUGAAUAAAUUGGUAUUACUUGGAUACGUGGAACACAGCUAUUUAUUUUUAUAAUUAAUUACUAUAUGAGACUAGGGCAUUCCUCCUGGUGGCAGGCAGCCUGCAUUGUUCGUCUAGGAGUCUUCAAAGCUGUCUUUAGUUUGAGAAUAUACUCUGGAAAAUAUUACCUUUUAGAGAAGCUUCAGCGUUGGCCUGAGUUCUUAUGUUUACUCUAGUGUUAGGUAUAUGUCUUAUAACUAUUUGGAGAUAAGAUCUGGAAAGGAAGGGGGUAACAUUUUAGACAAUCCCUCCCACUCUCAGCCCCUCCCCUAGUUUACAAGUAGUAUUGUUGGCCAGGCACGGUGGCUCACUCCUGUAAUCCCAGCACUGUGGGAGACCGAGGCGGACGGAUCACCUGAGGUGGAGAGUUGGGAGACCAGCCUGUCCAACAUGGAGAAACCCUGUCUCUACUGAAAAUACAGAAUUAGCCGGGCGUGGUAUUACAUGCAUGUAAUCCCAGCUACUCGGGAGGCUGAGGCAGGAGAAUCACUUGAACCUGGGAGGCAGGUUGCAGUGAGCUGAGAUCGCGCCAUUGCACUCCAGCCUGGGCAACAAGAGUGAAACUCCGUUUCAACAAAAAAAAGAGAUCCUGAAGGAGCUGGACGAGUGCUACGAGCGCUUCAGUCGCGAGACAGACGGGGCGCAGAAGCGGCGGAUGCUGCACUGUGUGCAGCGCGCGCUGAUCCGCAGCCAGGAGCUGGGCGACGAGAAGAUCCAGAUCGUGAGCCAGAUGGUGGAGCUGGUGGAGAACCGCACGCGGCAGGUGGACAGCCACGUGGAGCUGUUCGAGGCGCAGCAGGAGCUGGGCGACACAGCGGGCAACAGCGGCAAGGCUGGCGCGGACAGGCCCAAAGGCGAGGCGGCAGCGCAGGCUGACAAGCCCAACAGCAAGCGCUCACGGCGGCAGCGCAACAACGAGAACCGCGAGAACGCGUCCAGCAACCACGACCACGACGACGGCGCCUCGGGCACACCCAAGGAGAAGAAGGCCAAGACCUCCAAGAAGAAGAAGCGCUCCAAGGCCAAGGCGGAGCGAGAGGCGUCCCCUGCCGACCUCCCCAUCGACCCCAACGAACCCACGUACUGUCUGUGCAACCAGGUCUCCUAUGGGGAGAUGAUCGGCUGCGACAACGACGAGUGCCCCAUCGAGUGGUUCCACUUCUCGUGCGUGGGGCUCAAUCAUAAACCCAAGGGCAAGUGGUACUGUCCCAAGUGCCGGGGGGAGAACGAGAAGACCAUGGACAAAGCCCUGGAGAAAUCCAAAAAAGAGAGGGCUUACAACAGGUAGUUUGUGGACAGGCGCCUGGUAGUGAGGAGGACAAAAUAAACCGUGUAUUUAUUACAUUGCUGCCUUUGUUGAGGUGCAAGGAGUGUAAAAUGUAUAUUUUUAAAGAAUGUUAGAAAAGGAACCAUUCCUUUCAUAGGGAUGGCAGUGAUUCUGUUUGCCUUUUGUUUUCAUUGGUACACGUGUAACAAGAAAGUGGUCUGUGGAUCAGCAUUUUAGAAACUACAAAUAUAGGUUUGAUUCAACACUUAAGUCUCAGACUGAUUUCUUGCGGGAGGAGGGCGACUAAACUCAACCUAACACAUUAAAUGUGGAAGGAAAAUAUUUCAUUUAGCUUUUUUAUUUUAAUAAAAGUAAUACUAUUACUUUAUGAACAAUUUUUUUUAAUUGGCCAUGUCGCCAAAAAUACAGCCUAUAGUAAAUGUGUUUUUUGCUGCCAUGAUGUAUAUCCAUAUAACAAUUAAGUAACAAAGGUUUAAAGUUUGAAGAUUAUUUUUUAAAAAGGUAAAUGGUUAAAUUUUACAUGACAGAUAUUUUAUAUAUUGGCCUGUUCCCCAAAUGGCCAUUUUAAAAUGCUUGGGUACACUUCUCUUAAGUGGUCUAGUCAAGGAACCUCAAGUCAUGCUUUUGCUAUCACCAAUCAUAGUGUAGCCAUCUUUAAUUUAUAUCAGGUGUAUAAAUGUACAUUUCCAAAUGAACUUGCACUUGUUAUAUUAUAAUUGGAAGUGCAGUCAGCAGAUGCUGUUGUGAAGCUAAUGUCACAAUUAUGUGCAAAGGUGUGCUUCCUGCUGUAUGUGAGCUGUAAAAAUGUUACGUGAAGAAAUAAAUGAAACUUGGCCAGUUUGUUCCUCUAGUAGUAUAUUUAAUUUUGACAUAAGUAAUUUUAAAAUUUGUCUUAAAAAUUUAUACACCAGCAAUUUAGACAAAGCCUUAAGCAAAUUUUGUAUUAUUGUUCUCACUUAUUAUUAAUAAUGAAGUAGAAGCUACUUAAUUGCCAGCAAAUAAAUACGUGUCAAAAAAGAAUCUGUAUUCAGACCCUGUGUCAGGAAAUUACUGCCCACUUGUCAAGUCCAGCCCACCAUCUGUUUGAACAUUAUAUGAAGUUUAAAUUCUAGUGUCCAUAAAUAAAGUUUCAGUGGAACACA